CACAUUAUCUCUCGCAAUGUUGCAGUGUUAGGUCGUAAGAUAAUUGAUCGCUUACCUUUGUUAGCCAUUAGCCAUACCUAGUUUGACGCCGUACGAAGGGAUCCGUCCAAUAUUGGUUGCAACUAGGUAGAGACGGGUAGAUUGCGAACAAAUAGCUUCGGGUCGUCCCAUGGGACAACACAUACCAAGAGCCCUUACCUACAGUCCGGUCACGCAGGAUCGACCUGCGUUUGUCUCCUCAUGCGUGUCUUAUAUUCACCUCACUAGACCUCUUCGACUAUCGUGCCUGAGAAGUGUCACACCUUCUUGCCGUUUCUGGACAUCAACCCGCGUUGGACUGGCCGAUAGGUUGCCGUCGCUGACCAGAGUUGCAGAAGAUUGUCAGUUAUUGGAUAUCGAUACCUUCGAAUGUGCAGCCGGUUCUCAUCACAUGCAACCUACCUAAGUUGGGUGAGACUUAGACCAUCGGUUGGAACUGGGCGGAUCGCCAUCGUCUUCUCACACAUUUAUAGGAGAGGAACCCCGAGUUAUUCGCAAUAUGUUCGUCAAACACCAAAGAACAAUUCUCUCCUAAACUCAAGAAGCAGAAUAUCAGAAAAAACAUGACUUCCAAGAAGAUGACGACUCUUAUUAGACUUGCGCGGCGGACGCGUACAAAGUUUUUAUCUUUAUUGUUCCCCUGCCCCUUCCCCUGGACGCAAAAUGAUCUCCAAUACAUUCCCGAUGAUUCUAGUUCCCAGCAAGGUCUUUGCGGUGAAGCUUUGGUCCUAGCUUCGCAGCUUGAUAGCAAGACCUUCCGCCUGCCAAACCUAUGGGAGGUCUUCUCUGAAUGGCCACUCAAAGAGAACCCACACGUAAAGAGGCUCGAGGGUCUCGUUAAUUCAAUGCUCGAGCGCAUCGUCACCAAUGAGAGGAAACUCAAGGCCUUGAAGCAGGCUAACUUCGCUCGUCUCAUUUCCCUAUGGUAUCCUGACGCGGAAUGGCCCGAGCUUGAGAUUGCUACAGCUUAUUCUGUCUGGAUAUUCGUGUGGGACGAUGAAGUCGACGCUGGUGACACUGACGUGUCACACGAUGAGGAGUUGUCGAGAGCCUACUACCAAAAGUCCCUCGAUACCAUCCACCACCUCUUAGGUCUUGACACCCAAGGACAAAAAUUCGUGGAUGAAAAACAGGCUUUACAUCCUAACAUGGUUUUAUUUACCGAUGCCGCUCGCGGUAUACGUAGCGCAGCAGAUCGAAUUCAGCGAGAACGGUUUUAUCAUGAGUUAGAGCAUUUCAUGAUUCAAGUGGGUGUGGAGCAUAGCCAUCGAAUGAGAGGUUCCAUCCCAACGGUAGAAAAGUACCUGGAGAUACGCUCCGGCUCUGUCGGUUGUGCCCCUCAAAUAGCCAUUACCGAUUUGAUGCUUAAGGUUAGACUACCCGAGUCCAUCAUGGAGUCCGCACCCAUGAAAGGACUUUGGAAGGAAACAGUUAUUAUAUGUCUUAUUCUUAACGAUAUUUAUUCAGCACAAAAAGAAAUAGCACAAGCAUCGCUCUUGAACCUCGUGCCGGUCAUGUUCAAGAACUGCAAUCCAGAAAAACAAAGUCUCGAUUUAGUAACUCAUGGUAUUGAAGAGACUUUACGUACGACCAUGAGGAGAUUCGAAGAAGCAGCAACGGCCCUCAGCGGGAUGGCGUCUCAUGAUGUGCAACUAGACAAGGAUGUACAGGCUUUCAUAAAGUGGUGCCGCUAUUUUAUCACCGGGGUAUUACAAUGGAGUCUAGAAUCCAAACGAUAUGGUAUGGCGGAAUGUUUACACGAUGAUGGAUCUCUCAGCAUAGUACUUUAGACAAAUCUAACUAGAUACACGAUAUACAC